UUGCGAGCGGUCUGUUUCUAGGUGUCUAGCAACAGCUACCAGCCCAGACAGCCGGCGGCAACGGGAGCGCUAAUUCUCGGUGUGUCUUUCCACGAUUAUUCGCUGCCGGGUGUUCACAUAUAGUAGUCAAUUGGCUGAAAUAGUGGAAAAAACAACCCUGACCCCUGCACAGAGAUAUGAGCGGCAGCGGGCGGCCCAGGACCAGCUCGUUUGCUGAGCCGCCAGGUGUUCCAGGAACCGCCGCCGCGUCCACCGGAUCAGCCGCUGCCGUGGGGAGCAGCACAGGAAAGUCCGGGGUCCCGCAGGCCUCCGGCAGCAGCUCGUCGGGAUGCUCGAACCUAAAGCUUGCCAGAGACAGCGGGAAGGUGACGACCGUUGUGGCCACUCCGGGUCAGGGACCGGACCGCCCUCAGGAGGUCUCUUACACUGACAUCAAGGUGAUUGGCAAUGGGUCGUUCGGUGUGGUGUACCAAGCUCGCCUCAUUGACAGCCAAGAGAUGGUGGCCAUUAAAAAGGUUCUGCAGGAUAAGAGGUUUAAGAAUCGAGAACUACAGAUCAUGAGGAAGCUGGACCACUGCAACAUCGUCAGACUACGUUACUUCUUCUACUCCAGUGGCGAGAAGAAAGAUGAAGUGUAUCUCAACCUGGUGCUGGACUUUGUCCCUGAGACGGUCUACAGGGUGGCCAGGCAUUUUAACAAGGCCAAGAGCAUCAUUCCUAUCAUAUACGUGAAGGUGUACAUGUACCAGUUGUUUCGCAGUCUGGCUUAUAUCCAUUCCCAGGGUGUCUGUCACAGAGACAUCAAGCCCCAAAACCUGCUCGUCGACCCAGAAACUGCCAUCCUCAAGCUGUGCGACUUUGGCAGUGCCAAGCAGCUGAUCCGCGGUGAACCCAACGUGUCGUACAUCUGCUCUCGGUACUAUCGCGCCCCUGAGCUCAUCUUUGGCGCCACCGACUACACGGCGAAUAUCGACAUCUGGUCAGCAGGCUGCGUACUGGCUGAGCUGCUGCUCGGACAACCCAUCUUCCCCGGUGACAGCGGAGUCGACCAACUAGUAGAGAUUAUCAAGGUGCUGGGAACCCCGACAAGGGAACAAAUCCGAGAGAUGAACCCGAACUACACAGAAUUCAAGUUCCCUCAGAUCAAAGCCCAUCCAUGGACCAAGGUGUUUAAACCUCGCACCCCUCCAGAAGCCAUCACUCUCUGCUCCCGGCUGCUGGAGUACACGCCGGCCUCUCGCUUCUCCCCGUUAGAGGCCUGCUCUCACGCCUUCUUCGACGAGCUCCGCCAGCCCAACACACGACUGCCCAGCGGACGAGACCUGCCCAUGCUCUUCAACUUCAGCCCCACAGAGCUGUCAAUCCAGCCUCAGCUGAACUCGACCCUCAUUCCUCCUCACGCUCGCUCUCACACAGCUGCUUCCGCCCACGAUGGUACCGGUUCUGACUCAUCUCAACACAGUUCAGUACCUGGAUCUCUUAACAGCAUCUGAAGCAGCUUCCUCACCUGCCUGCCUGUCAGCCUCACCCUUACCUCAGACGCUCACACACACACACACAAACACACACUGUACUGCUUUCCUCCAUGCUGCUUGCUCUCCUCUUAGAUGAUCAGUUCUGUACAGUGAACACGAUGAAUAACCAACAUUAGCUCUGUAGCUGCCGGGUCGUAAACUACAGCAGGAGAUUGUUACACACACUCUGCUCGGGGGGAGGGGGGGGUCUGUGAAGGUUCAAUAGUGGGGGCUGGUCCUCUGUAAGAUAACCUUUUUUUUUAAGCAACAUUUCUUCUCAAUGUUUGUGUUUAUUUAUUUGACUCAUUCAAAGAAUCAUGAGGGUUUUAUUUUUUUAUUCUUCAGUGAAGGUGAGCUGCACCCUGCCUGAAAUAGAAAGCCCAAAGUUGCUCCAAAUGUUCAGAUUUAGAGGACGUUGUAUUCCACUGAAGCGGAGCGAGCAGACGCAGGGAGGGAGCCAUGUUGUUUUAACCUGUUGUUAAACCUCUGAGUGUUAGUCGCCCCUUUAUCUGAGUCCUGUUGGAGCGUUACUGGAUGGAUCAGUGAAUACAUGAUGUUCAGAAACAACCGUCCGUCCCCCCGCACACUGGCGUGACCAUGUCUUGUUUUCUUCAGUUUGUGUGACUGGUCUCGAGGGUCUUGUCUCAUAAAAGAGGGAAAUAGUCGUCUGAAGGUAAACGAGUGACUGCAGAGUGUCUGUGUAGGUACUCAGUCCUUAUCUGGGUCUUGGGUAAAUGGAAGUUUGAUCCUAAGACAACUGGUCUUGAUUUGAAGAUCUUGAAGAUGUUUCGUCUCUCCUCCUCUGAAAGGCUUCUUCAGGUCUAA